GCACCGUGUUCCGCCACAGCUGAAGGAGGCGCUGGCUGGAGGCAGCGGUCUGCAUGUCGCUCGGAGACGUCUCGAUUUAUUCAACAAACAGAUGUGUGGAGGCUCCUGUGGGAAAAGGUUUUGCAUUCACCACGUCAUCUCAAGUAGUCCCGUGCGUCCUUCGUGAUCUUACGAGCCUACUACGAACCUGAUUACAAAGAGCUAUUCGAAUGGAACUGAUCCAGUCCUCGAGUCAUGGAGAGGGAGCUGCACUUUUGGGAGAGAUCAGCUGUCCACUGAAAGCCACCAAGGACAUCUGGUUUGGAUGCUGUUCCUGCACCUAUGUCACUAGAGAGCAGCGUGGGAUUGUGAGCCACCUGGUUGCCCAUGGUGAUAAACAAUCCAAGUGCCAGCAUCCUUCCAUGUCAUCUACCUCUGGAUCCCAAGUGCCCGGCAGUGCACAAAAGUACAGGAGUGAUAAGUUGUUCAAGUGCAAGCUGUGCCCCCAAGCCUUUGCUUACAAUAACCGUCUGCUCCGUCACAAUCGAACACACACUGGUGAAAAGCCAUUUGAGUGCAAGCUUUGCCCCCGAGCUUUUGCACAGAAUUCAGCUUUGAGAAGCCAUAUUCAAACACAUACUGGUGAAAAGCCAUUUAAGUGCAAGCUAUGCCCCCAAGCCUUUUAUCGCAAUUCCUAUCUCAUCUGCCAUAAUCGAACUCACACUGGGGAAAAACCAUUUAAGUGCACGCUGUGCCAUCAAGCCUUUUCUCAAAAUGCUGAUCUCACCAUGCACUAUCGAACACACACAGGUGAAAAACCAUACAAGUGUAAGUUGUGUCCCCAAGCCUUUGCUAAGAAUUCCAAUCUGAUCUGCCAUAAUCGAACACACACUGGCGAAAAACCAUAUAGGUGCAGGCUGUGCCGCCAAGCCUUUUCUCAAAAUUUUGAUCUGAUCAUUCAUAAUCGAACACACACAGGUGAAAAACCGUACAAAUGUAAACUUUGUCCCCGAGAAUUUGCCCAGAAUUACAAUCUGAUCCGCCAUAAUCGUACACACAGUGGUGAAAAGCCAUUUAAGUGCAAGCUGUGCCCCCAAGCCUUUUCUCAGAAAUCGAAUCUGAUCUGCCAUAAUCGAACACAUAGUGGUGAGAAGCCAUUUAAGUGCAAGCUGUGCCCUCAAGCCUUUGCUAGGAAGUCCUAUCUAUCCAACCAUAAUCGAAUGCACGCAGGUGAAAAGUCAUAAAAAUGUAAGCUUUGACGAAAAUAAUCCCUGGAGAAGGGGAACAAGGGGGACAAAGGACAAACAUAAAUCUCCAAACACAGCUA